AUGGCGUAUUCUGGACAGAGGCAUGUCGAUGCCGCCGGGAGCUCGUCGCGGCAGGGGAAUGGCUUCAAGGGGCAGGCCAGCUCAGUUGAGUUCCUGGGAAGGGGAAUGGUGGGGAUGCAGCUCAGAGAUGCAAAGCCAGAUGAUGCUCAUGAUGAAAGGGACAAUGAGCCAGAUGUGGUUGCCGAUUCUGGUUCUGAAGCUGGUCAAAUAAUUGCAACCACAAUCCGUGGUCGAAAUGGUCUGCCAAAACAGUCCGUCAGUUACAUUGCUGAACAUGUGGUUGGAACUGGUUCUUUUGGAGUUGUAUUUCAGGCCAAAUGUCGAGAAACGGGAGAAGUCGUUGCCAUCAAAAAGGUUCUUCAAGAUAAGCGUUACAAAAACAGGGAAUUGCAAAUUAUGCAUAUGCUUGACCAUCCGAACAUUGUUGGUCUUAAGCAUUACUUCUUCUCAACCACUGAAAGGAAUGAGCUUUAUCUUAAUCUUGUCCUUGAGUUCGUUCCAGAGACAGUUAACCGGAUGGCAAGACAAUACAACAGAAUGAAUCAAAGAGUGCCCCUCAUUUAUGUCAAACUAUACACUUAUCAGAUAUGCCGAGCACUUGCUUAUAUACAUAACUGUGUUGGCAUCUGCCACCGUGAUAUCAAACCACAGAACGUUCUCGUUAACCCACAUACACACCAGCUUAAAAUAUGUGAUUUUGGCAGUGCAAAGGUCUUGGUCAAGGGAGAGCCAAAUAUCUCCUACAUAUGCUCAAGAUACUACCGAGCACCAGAACUCAUAUUUGGUGCAACUGAAUAUACUACAGCCAUUGAUUUGUGGUCCACAGGCUGUGUGAUGGCAGAGCUGCUUCUUGGACAGCCACUCUUUCCUGGGGAAAGUGGAGUUGAUCAGCUGGUUGAGAUUAUCAAGGUCUUGGGUACUCCAACAAGGGAAGAGAUCAAGUGCAUGAAUCCAAACUACACGGAGUUCAAGUUCCCACAAAUUAAGGCUCACCCAUGGCACAAGGUUUUUCAGAAAAAGCUUCCACCUGAAGCAAUGGACCUUGUCAGCAGGUUUCUCCAAUACUCACCAGAUCUUCGGUGCACUGCUAUGGAAGCCUGCAUGCACCCGUUCUUUGAUGAGUUGAGAGAUCCAAACACCCGCCUACCUAACGGCCGGCCUCUUCCACCCCUCUUCAACUUCAGAUCUCAAGAGCUAAACGGUAUACCUCCUUUUCGCGUGUCCUCUCCAUGUUUUUCGCGUUGUUUGGUGUCUGGACUCUGGAGGGAAGCUUGUAAAUUGAGCUGUAGCUUUCUGUGGGUGACAAGCACUGGUAGUAGAGUUGUCCCGGGAUGCAUGUUUGGUUUGGAGGCUUGA